AAGAAGGCUAACCCUAAAUAAAUUUGCUAAAGCCUCAAAAGUCUGAAAGAGUCGGAGCAAAUGAAGGAUACGUUAAACAAGGAGAAGUUGUGCAAAAGAUGCAAAUCUACCUUCAUAUCUUCUUCCAACACUCCAUCUUCUUGCCGUUUUCACCCUUCCUUCUUCGUUUGUCGUCGUCACGAUGAUCAGAAGAGGUACUAUGAGUUGGGGCCUGAUGAUCCACCAUAUGCAGCUAAGUUCUAUGAUUGUUGUGGUGCUGAGAAUCCUGAGGCUCCUGGCUGUACUGUAGGUCCCCAUAUCUCGUAUGAUGAAGAAUGAUGUAUAGUGAUAUAGCGUAUAUAUUGGUCAUCUCGAAGACCUUAAGCUAUAAUAAUACGUGUAAAUCUUGUUUGUAUCGUUAAUGAAGUAAUUGUCAAGUAAAGUCUUCAUCAGUAGUUAUCUUCCUUUGUCUUAUGAUUAUUCUCAGUUGAUUGUAUAGUGAAUUAGUGAUAUAUCAUCUGACAGAUCGUUUGUAUUAGUGGUUUCUAUCAAGAUGUUUUGUGAAAUUUAA